AUGAAGAUUCGGACGCAAAAGGAGCUGCAAAAUGCACUUGGAGAUAAAUUUGACAUUUCAUCAUUUGACUGGCGUACCGGGAAGUUUUCCAGCUCAUUGCUGAAGCAUCGAAUUCCAAGCCUUGGUGAACAACACAGCAUCAAAAAAUAUAAAACUGACGACCCAGAAUACGAUUGGUUUCAGCGAAACACAAGUCCGAACUUCCCGAAACCCGUCAUAGUUUUAAACCAUAAAGAUAGCAAUCGGUCUGACAAGUCUCCGAUAAAGGAGUCGUUGAAACAACUAUUCUCUGAGCGUCGUUUGUCUGAUCGUUAUGCCGUGGACCACCGUGACGGGAAAACACUAAUGCGCUCUACUCUACCACCGGGGAUUGAAUCUGCUGGUGUACCCGGCUACAACAAAAGUCAAUUGUUACAGAAUUUGAUUGUUUCACUGUCUUCAAAACAUGGUCCUAUAACUGGUCAAGAAAGGACAGUCGAACAGAAUCCCUGCGCCAUGCUAAAUCAAAAUCAACCAUAUGUAAAGAACUUUGUCAUCACUGAUGAGGAUAUUCGUAAGCAAUACCAGCGCGUGAAAGAAAUCAGGGAUCGCUUGCAAGCUGCUAGAAAAGUAUGA